AAUGGACCACAAGGCAGUGAGAUCUCCUCUGGUGCUCAUCUUCUUUAAUCCGUCCAGUCGUCGUUUGGGUCUGAAUCAGCCGAAGUGCUCGAGCAAGAAAGCGAGAUGUCGUCCUACCGUAUGAUCAUCCUGUCCGCCGUGGUGGUGCUGCUGAGCGCAGUCACGCUUACUGAAGGGAUGCGUUACAAAGCCUCACCAAACGUCUGCUGCUUCUCCUUUCAAUCUCGUCCACUGAAGCCCAGCAUGGUGACCAGUUACAGCCUGACCAGCCCGCAGUGCUCCAAGCAGGCCGUACUGUUCAAAACCAGGAAAGGAAAGGAAGUGUGUGCUAAACCCGCUGACCCCUGGGUGAAGGAGCUCAUCAAGCUUCUGGACAACAAGUCAGGAAGCCAGGGACCCAUGUGAUCGUGCUGACCUUCAUUACUCUCAGCAGGAUCAUCAUGCUAGAUGUUUGUGAUAGGUUCCGAGCAGAUUUGCACAAACUGUAAUGAUGUACAAAUCUCUGAAAUGCUACGAUCAGUUCACCACAUUAAAGCUACACAAAAUACACUGAAUGUCCACCUUUAUGAAUGUAAUAUCUCUUGUGUUUACUAUAUGAUUCAAUGCAUCUUGUUUUUUUAUCCAUUUAUUGUUAUUUUAUUCUUUUUGUUUAGAUUUUUGUUUGUGUAUUUUCUUCGGAGAACUGUUAAAAGAGUUUCUCAGUUUAGUACAUGUAUUAAAAUGUGUGGUAAAGCGGAAGAAACAUGCUUUAAAAUAAAAUGAAGACAUGCAAAUGAUA